UCAGGCCCGGAGCCCAAAGCAACCAGCACAAUAGCGUCCAACAGCUGGAACACCAGCAGCAGCCCCGGGGAGGCCCGGGAAGAUGGGCCCGAGGGCCUGGACAAGGGGCUGGACAACGACGCGGAGGGCGUGUGGAGCCCAGACAUUGAGCAGAGCUUCCAGGAGGCCCUGGCCAUCUACCCGCCCUGCGGCCGCCGCAAGAUCAUCCUGUCGGAUGAGGGCAAGAUGUAUGGUCGAAAUGAGUUGAUCGCACGUUAUAUUAAAUUGAGGACGGGGAAGACUCGGACGAGAAAACAGGUCUCUAGCCACUUGCAGGUUCUAGCCAGGCGGAAAUCUCGGGAGAUUCAGUCCAAGCUGAAGGCCAUGAACCUGGACCAGGUCUCGAAGGACAAAGCCCUCCAGAGCAUGGCAUCCAUGUCCUCCGCCCAGAUUGUGUCCGCCAGCGUCCUCCAGAACAAGUUCAGCCCGCCCUCCCCUCUGCCCCAGGCCGUCUUCUCCACUUCCUCACGGUUCUGGAGCAGCCCCCCUCUCCUGGGACAGCAGCCUGGACCCUCUCAGGACAUCAAGCCCUUUGCACAGCCAGCCUACCCCAUCCAGCCGCCCCUGCCGCCAACGCUCAGCAGUUACGAGCCCCUGGCCCCGCUCCCCCCAGCUGCCGCCUCUGUGCCCGUGUGGCAGGACCGCACCAUCGCCUCCUCGCGGCUGCGGCUCCUCGAGUAUUCCGCCUUCAUGGAGGUGCAGCGAGACCCUGACACGUACAGCAAACACCUGUUUGUGCACAUCGGCCAGACGAACCCCGCCUUCUCGGACCCGCCCCUGGAGGCCGUGGACGUGCGCCAGAUCUAUGACAAGUUCCCCGAGAAAAAGGGUGGGCUGAAGGAGCUCUAUGAGAAGGGGCCCCCCAAUGCCUUCUUCCUCGUCAAGUUCUGGGCGGACCUCAACAGCACCAUCCAGGAGGGCCCGGGAGCCUUCUAUGGGGUCAGCUCCCAGUACAGCUCGGCCGACAGCAUGACCAUCAGCGUCUCCACCAAGGUGUGCUCCUUCGGCAAGCAGGUGGUGGAGAAGGUGGAGACCGAGUACGCCAGGCUGGAGAACGGGCGCUUCGUGUACCGCAUCCACCGCUCGCCCAUGUGCGAGUACAUGAUCAACUUCAUCCACAAGCUGAAGCACCUGCCCGAGAAGUACAUGAUGAACAGCGUCCUGGAGAACUUCACCAUCCUGCAGGUCGUGACGAGCCGGGACUCCCAGGAGACCCUACUCGUCAUUGCUUUCGUCUUCGAAGUCUCCACCAGCGAGCAUGGGGCCCAGCAUCACGUCUACAAGCUUGUCAAAGACUAGGGCACCCUCUGCCCCCCGACCAGGAUCCAGGACGGGCAUCUUUUCCGCACACCUGCCUGGCACCCCGGAGGUCCAGGAUUGAGGAUUCAUCCACCUGCCAGGCUUCAGGCCAGGACCCCGGAGGCCUCGCCACCCACCCCCAGCACACACACUCCCUGCCACUGUUCUGCGCUUUAAUUGUGGAGAAGAAAACAGGGCUCAGCAGUGGGGCAGCUUGCCCGGGCCGCUGAGCCACCAUCACCCAGCUCUGCCCAGCCUCGAAUGAAUGGGAGGACACCUUUGGGCUCUGGCGUGUAUGGCCACUGGGCCCUCAGGGGAGUGUGACGGGCUGGUGAGGGUAGAACGGAGGCCGAGGGAGUCGGAGUACAGAGGCCCUGAGAAGGAGAGUAUUGAGUUGGGGUUGGGUCGAGAAGAAGAGAGGGGCCCACACUUCCUUUGUACCUGCUGUGUGCCCGGUCCCUGACAUGCCUUGUGCCAUCCUCAGACCCGCCAGGCCCGCGUGGGUCCGGGUGUCUCAGAUGAGGUGCUGAGGCUCCGAGAAGUUGCGGGAUGGGCAGAGUUGGAGUUCUCACCCAGGGCUGCCUGUCCCCAGAGCCCAGGUUUACACUACCUCCCUGGAGCGGGGCGGCCACAGGGGGCAGGAGAGAGGGUCUGCACCAAGGGGCUGGGGCCAGCUGGGUGGGGAGCCCUGAGACAGUGCCUCCUCCCAGAGCCCCCUGGCAGGAGGGAGCAGCCGCUGCUGACCAGGCGGGAAGAAGGAACACAGGGGCGAGGCGCCUGGUGGGUGCUGUCUAUCAGCCUGUAGUCUGGGGGGGGUGGUGUCUCAGGUGCCUCCUGUGCUGACCUCCCCCGAGCUGCCCUGGCCCAGAGCCGGGCGAGCCCCCAGCAGCCUCCUGACUGGGGACGGCCCCAGGGGCACGCCCAGGCUCAGCCCAAGGCUGGAGGGGCAGGUGGGAAGGUGGAGUCCCACCUCUGGGCAGACCAGUGGCCUGGGGACCAGGAGGGGCUGAAGGCUUUGGUAUUUUCUCCUGCCCAAGCCUGGGGGGGGGGGGGGGGGCACCGCUCCCUGAGGUUCUCUGCCCGCCUCAGACUCCCCGGCCUGGAGCAGCCACUCCCCAGACCCUGUUCUGGGGCUGAAGCUUAACCUCCCCCUGCUGCCCCUUCCGGACCCCCGGCCCCUCCGCCGCCGGCCUGCCCCCCAGCCGCCUCUGGGUAUUUAUGAGUUUCAUAUGAAGUACUGUGCCCCGCCCCCGCCCUGCCCCUGAGCUUCCCAAAGGUCCUCACCGUUUGCAUAUCGCUCAGGCCACCUCCAGACCCAACCUAGGUUUUAUAAUGUAUAUUAUAUAUUUUUUGUGUAUUUUUUAAAUCCAGCUGUGAUGGGUUGUAUCAUAAAUGUGGCGUGGGGCUGGGGCAGGAGCCCUCAAGGCCCAGCUCCGGCUCAGAAAAAAAAGAAUAAUUAAAGUUAUUUGUUUGUGGGUUA